AUGGAUAACGUGCUGCAUCCUGCGAGCGGUAUUAAUGCUAUGCCGGCACCGGCGCCACCGCCUGCCGGCUUCUUUCCGCAGCACCCGCCAGUCGCCAACGCAGACUUGGGGCCCUCACCGUCUGGGCACCAGCCUCCGCCACCCGAGGUGCAGCGCUACUGGCACAGCUACCGGCUGUGGGCCACCCUGCACCCACACAUCCAGCAGGAUCAGCAGGCUGUGCUGCAGCUGCGUGCACAAGCGCAUAUCGCCAAGGUGGCGCAGCAGGAGUCCCUGCGACAGCACCUGUACCGCACCAUGUACUGGACUCUGUUCGUGGUGUGUCCGCUGCUGUCUCUCCUGUUCCUGUGGCUGGCCAUCGAUGCCGCUGCAUACGGUGCGGAACUGGAGUUAUUACCCUUCGUGAAGUAUGACGAGGCCCUGCGGGACUUCGCGGAGGCGGAGGGCCACCACCGCCACCUCAGACACGGCAAGGGCCACAACGGCGCAACUCGGAAGAAGAAAACUAUACGCAUCGACUGA